GGCUCGAGGUAAUGAAGAUGGCGUCGAGUUGAUGAUGAGGAGAGAAAGAGAAAGCGAGAGACGAUGAGGGCGAGGAUGAGGAUGAGGACGAGGACGAGUUGAGUAAAAGAGGAUCGAGAGAUGGCUUCAACGCCCGACGCCAUGAGCACGGACAGAGAUCUAAGAGUCGAGUGGAGGAAGGUCAAAGGCGACUACGGAGAGUGGAGUACGAGGGAGGGUAUAGUAGUGCCUGUGCCUGACAUCCCUGAACACCCAUCUCUGACACAUGAGACUGACAACCUUCAGUCCACGCGCCCAAGGGCCAAUCAGGGAAGGGGUCCAGGGCGGUGUGUGGCAUGCAGUCAUAGGGACCGUCGGAUGGGAAAAGGAGACGCAGACUUGUUCCCAUCAAACCCUGGGUCUGGUACGUAUCCGUCUGAAGCCCUGAGUUCCCUGGAUAUUCCCUGUUGCACUGACCCCGUAUGCCCUCAGCGUCUUAUUCUGGUUGUUCAUCGUCCGACGCCUCGUCUCGUCGUCGGUCGCUCGUCCUUUUCUUUUGCUCUUCAACGUCGCGCUGCGCGCGCGCGCGGAAACGGGCAUUCAAGCUCGGUGGCGGCGCGGCAUCGCCCUGUCAUUGCAGCCACACACCUGGUAGAAGCUAUGCAACGCCCUCCGGUCUCCCGCGGCAUCACAUGCAGGAUGCGGGAUGCGCCCAUCACAUGCGCCGUUGCACAGUACUGUGCAACCGAACGCCCCAGGACGACGUGAGAACAUUCUUCAUAGAGAAUUGUAUGGGGAGAAGCGCCGAGGGGCUGGGAACGGGGCUUGGAACGGGGCUGGGAAUGGGGCGUGGGGUAUGGUGAGCUUGUGGUGGGAGAUGGGAGAUGGGGAUGAGGA